UGUUGAAAGUUUCAUUCCCAUGGUUUGAAAGUACAGGUUUUUAUCAAGUAUCAGGUGCUGUUUGAAUGUGUUAUUUGAUAAUAUGUGGAUCCCCUUUGACUCUCUCUCUCUCUCUCAAAGAUCCCUUAUAGAGAGGGCGAGCUUCCUACAUAUAUACAAGCUUGAUGGACCGUGUCUAGCGGAUAUACUACGACUCCAACACCCCCUCAAGAAUGGAGGUGAAAGAGGCGUUGAGUUCCUAGCUGAUGCUAGAUACAGCUUUCUCUUAGUUUCCAUAUAUGUAAAUUUACAUACUAAUUCCAUGCUUCCAUCUAUUUGUUACCAUAUUGAUAAAAGACAGCCUGAAGCCUCACCGACAGAGUAUUCACGAGCAAACAAGGAGCUUCAAAGUCUCAAUGCUAAAAUGGAUCUCAUAAGCAAGCUGAGGACCAUACAAAAGGAAAUUGAAAGUUUGAAAUCAUUAAUGGCCGAUUGUCAAGAAGAUAAAGACCUGCAGGCCAUGGCAUGUGAGGAACUACAGCAGGCGUUAAAAGAAGAACAGUGUCUGCAUAAUCUUCUGCUCAAAUCUUUACUGCCUAAGGAUGAUGCAGAUGAAAGGGACUGCAUUUUGGAAGUUAGAGCAGGGACUGGAGGGGACGAGGCAUCUCUGUUCGCUAUGGACAUCUUCAAAAUGUAUGAGAGAUACUCGCUGAAAAAGGGUUGGAAGUUUGAGGUGGUAGAUGUGACAGAUUCAAAUAUGAAAGGAUACAAGGAAGCCACUGCUGCAAUAUCUGGAGCAGAUGUGUAUGGAAAACUUAAAUUUGAGAGUGGAGUCCAUAGAGUGCAGCGAGUUCCCAUCACGGAGAAGGCUGGACGGGUUCAUACAAGCGCUGUGUCUGUUGCUAUCCUUCCCCAGGCAGAUGAGGUAGACGUUGAAUUGAGGAACGAGCAGUUGAGAAUUGACACGUACAGGUCUGGUGGAUCUGGUGGGCAGCAUGCAAAUACUACUAAUAGUGCUGUUAGGAUCACCCAUAUUCCAUCUGGGCUGACAGUUGCUAUACAAGAUGAACGGUCACAACAUAUGAACAAGGCUAAAGCACUAAAAGUAUUGUGUGCGAGACUGUAUGAGAUGGAGAGAUGUAGAGUUCAUAACAGUCGAUCAAAGCUAAGAUCAGAGCAGAUUGGUAGUGGGGAUAGAUCUGAACGUAUACGGACAUACAACUUUCCGCAAGGUCGAGUUACAGAUCACAGGAUAGGUUUCACUCAUCAUUCAAUCGGUGACGUGAUGCAGGGAGAGAGUUUGGACUACUUUAUCGAUGCGCUUCUUUUGCAGCAAGAAAUGGAUGCAGUUGCAGCCUUGAGCGCCACCUGAAGAAUCCUGGCUUCCAAUUUGCUAAUUUAGAUCAACAAGGAAUCCUUGCUUCCAGUUUGCUAAUUUAGAUCAACAAGGAAUCCUUGCUUCCAGUUUGCU